AUCAACGUCAACAUGGCGGCGCACACAUGCGGCUGUUUGUGAACCUGUAAUGCUUUACCGUAACCUUGCCGCAGUCCUUUUCUGGUGGUGUGCGAAAACGGAUACACACACACAAUGUGGACGUACAACUGUGCAAAAUAUUUGGAUUGGAUCGGCUGAUAAUUUUCUGCACAUUACUUUCUGAUCGGCCUGUAAAGCUAUGUGUCUGCACAUAAUCUUUAGCUGUUGUGCCGUUUAUGAAACCUAACUUCAUAUGAUGUGGAAUCUAAACUAUUUAAAAGUAGCGCGUGGACGUUUGAUCUCACAUGGACUUUAUGGUAACUGCAUCAAACGUUGGAUCGCUACAUGUUUUUGUCAAAGUCAUGGGAGAGGUUUACUUUUGUUACGCGGAAACAAACUCUAUGUAACUCACACACAAUCUGCUUCAAAACCUCCCUGGCGAAUAUUAUUCUUUGGAAGUGAUGAUUUCGCAGUGGAAUCAUUGAAACGACUUCAUGCCUCCAGGGAUGACACAAAAGCUGGAGUCAUAGAUUCCCUUGAGGUUGUGACGUUGUCCGGUGACGCUCCGGUAAGAAAGUAUGCAGAGCAAAACAGACUUCGACUUCAUCAAUGGCCAAAUGUGGAUUUAAGUACACAGUUUGAUGUUGGUGUGGUGGUGUCCUUUGGCUGUUUAAUAAAAGACAACAUCAUCAACAAAAUGCCAUAUGGCAUCUUGAAUGUCCACCCUAGUCUGCUACCACGGUGGCGAGGUUCAGCACCCGUCUUCCAUACAAUACUACAUGGUGAUAGUGUUACAGGUGUAACUAUUAUGCAGAUAAGACCCAAGAGAUUUGAUGUGGGCCCUAUUCUUCAUCAAGAGCUCUAUGAGAUUCCCAAGAACUGUACUGCAGAUGAACUGGGAGCUACUUUGGCAGUUGUGGGUGCCAGAAUGUUAAUGGACACUUUAGGACAUCUUCCAGAAAGAAUAGCAAACCAAAAAGAGCAACCUAAAGUGGGUGCAACUUUUGCUCCAAAAAUUAGUGCCCGAAUGGCCUGGAUAAUAUGGGAGGAGUACAGCUGUGAUCACAUUGACCGGUUGUAUCGAGCUAUUGGAUCUCGGUUUCCUUUAAAAACCAUGUGGAUGGGCAAUCCUGUCAAACUUCUGGACUUUGUUGGCAAGUGCAAUCUGAUAUUUUCAGGUGCUCAAUAUUUAACUGCAGUGCCGGGGUCUGUCCUUUAUCAGAAAGAAUCUAAUUCUUUACUUGUUCGCUGCAAGGAUGGCUGGGUUGGAUUUGGAAGUGUGAUGUUCAAGAAAAAACUCUCGGCAGCGGAUUUCUUUAAUGGAUAUCUCCACCAGAGUGUGCUGAAAAAAUCUCCAUCACCAGACACCUGUCUCUUUCAGAGUUACAUAGAAAGAACUCAUUUGCCUAAAGGGCAGGACAAUAGCAUGCUACUGCAAAAUAAGACUUCAUUUUGAAGCUUUAAGAAGUUUUCAAUUGCACAUUAAACUCUUCAAGUUUAAUACUAGUCUGUUUUAAGACAAUCUUGAUGUGUAUAGUCAUGGACUGUAUAUUUGCAGAAAUCUGCACAUUUGUACAGAAAAUAGAUAAAUGAAUGUGAAUAUAAUAAAAUGAAUCUUGAUGAUU